AUGCAAAUCCCUCCUUUCUUCUCAACUAGUCAUCAUUUUUGAAAAUCAAUCAAAAUUUUGGAGCUUUUAUCAUCCAUCAAUGGUGGCUGGUAAGGUUCGUGUAACAAUGGGUUUUCACAAAUCACCUUCUACUAAAAAAACUAAGGAUAUGCCUUCUUCUCCUUUACCUCUUCCUCCUCCUCCUCCUCCUCCUCUUAAACCGCCUUCUUCCGGUUCUGCUACUACUACUAAACCGCCGAUUAAUCCUAGUAAACCGGGUUUCACUCGCUCUUUCGGUGUUUAUUUCCCACGCGCUUCCGCUCAAGUUCACGCUACUGCUGCUGCUGCUUCUCAUAACGGCGUCGUCUCUGAGCUUCGUCGUCAAGUUGAGGAGCUUCGUGAGAGAGAAGCUUUGUUAAAGACGGAGAAUCUCGAGGUUAAGCUUCUUAGAGAAUCUGUUUCUGUUAUUCCGUUGCUUGAAUCGCAGAUCGCGGAGAAAAACGGUGAAAUCGAGGAGUUUAGGAAAGAGACGGCGAGGUUAGCGGAAGAGAACGAUAGAUUACGGCGAGAAUUUGACCGGAGCGAGGAAAUGAGGAGAGAAACCGAAAGAAGAGAGAAGGAAAUGGAGGCGGAGAUGUUGGAGCUUCGGAAACUUGUUUCGUCGGAGAGUGACGAUCACGCGCUCUCUGUUUCUCAGAGGUUUCAGGGUUUAAUGGAUGUGUCGGCGAAAUCGAAUCUAAUCAGAAGUUUAAAACGGGUCGGGUCGUUGAGGAAUGUACCCGACCCGGUUACUAAUCAUGAGAACAACAAGAGCAUUUCAUCAUCCGGAGACGCCGACGGCGACAUUUAUCGGAAAGACGAGAUCGAGAGUUAUUCACGGAAUAGUAACUCGGAUGAACUCACUGAGUCAUCAUCUCUCUCCGCCGUCAGAUCUAGAGUUCCGAGAGUACCUAAACCACCGCCGAAACGGUCUUUUUCAUUAGGUGAUUCCACGGAGAACAGAGCAGAUCCGCCGCCGCAGAAAUCGAUUCCGCCUCCUCCUCCACCUCCGCCACCGCUUCUUCAACAACCACCACCUCCUCCUUCCGUUUCCAAAGCUCCUCCUCCGCCUCCUCCACCACCGCCGCCGAAGAGUUCAAGCAUUGCGUCGGCGAAAGUAAGAAGAGUACCGGAAGUGGUGGAGUUUUAUCACUCAUUGAUGCGAAGAGAUUCCACAAACUCGAGAAGAGACUCCACCGGCGGUGGAAACGCCGCCGCGGAGGCGAUACUUGCUAGCUCCAAUGCCAGAGAUAUGAUCGGAGAAAUCGAAAACCGAUCGGUUUAUCUCCUCGCGAUAAAAACCGACGUAGAAACGCAAGGAGAUUUCAUAAGAUUCUUGAUCAAAGAAGUCGAAAACGCUGCGUUUUCAGAUAUUGAAGACGUUGUUCCUUUCGUCAAAUGGCUCGACGACGAACUCUCUUACCUGGUUGAUGAGAGAGCAGUGUUGAAACAUUUCGAAUGGCCGGAGCAAAAAGCUGAUGCUUUACGUGAAGCAGCGUUUUGUUAUUUCGAUCUGAAGAAACUCAUAUCAGAAGCUUCUCGUUUCCGGGAAGAUCCACGUCAAUCUUCUAGCUCUGCUCUUAAAAAAAUGCAAGCUUUAUUUGAAAAGUUAGAGCAUGGUGUUUAUAGUCUAUCGAGGAUGAAAGAAUCGGCGGCGACAAAAUUCAAGAGUUUCCAGAUUCCGGUUGAUUGGAUGCUCGAAACCGGUAUAACCAGCCAGAUUAAACUGGCAUCGGUGAAACUAGCGAUGAAGUAUAUGAAGAGAGUAUCCGCAGAGCUCGAGGCUAUUGAAGGUGGUGGCCCUGAAGAGGAAGAGCUAAUUGUUCAAGGCGUUCGAUUCGCAUUCCGUGUUCAUCAGUUUGCCGGAGGAUUUGAUGCAGAGACAAUGAAGGCAUUUCAAGAGCUAAGAGAUAAAGCAAGAUCAUGUCAUGUUCAGUGUCAAAGCCAAACACAUCAACAUAAACUUUGUUUUCGAUCUACCCCUUGUUAAAGAAGCAAUCUUAGCUUCAUAUAAUCCACCUCAUUGGUAUUUGUUGUCAUCUUCUCGAUUUAAUUUGUUUUUUUCUCGUCUUAAAAGACCUAUAACUCUUGUGAAUAUACGUUCUCUUCUUGCUGAGAAAAAGAUAAAAUAGUUCAUAUUUA